CGACGAGAAGUAUUUUUCUUGUUUUAAAAACAAAUUAUAAUAUUAUAAUCCAGUAGGUGGCGAAUUGUACGCGAGCUGCCUUGACUAAUAGAGGAAGAGAAGAAGAGGAAGAACCGGGAGAGAUAUUACUUGUGCCCUACUUAGAGGAAGGAACGAAGGGGUGCUUGCGCACUAAGUAGUGCACUACGUAAAGAAAGUCUUGCUAUUUGGGAUUCGGCCACCGCUUCUGUAGGUGAUGUUAAAGCUGUUAGCAUGGCGAAACCUGAGGCGAUUUCUGAAGAGUUUAAAGGAAACAUUGUAAAAGACGCUCCACCGACUGUUUACUACAUCCCGGACUUUAUAACAGAGGCAGAAGAGGAGUAUCUUCAACAGCAGGUGUACAAGGCCCCCAAACCCAAAUGGACACAGCUGUCAGGAAGGAGACUGCAGAACUGGGGAGGUCUUCCUCAUCCGAAGGGGAUGAUCGCAGAGAAGCUCCCUGAUUGGUUGCUGAGUUACACAGAGAAGAUUUCAGGCCUGGGGGCAUUCGCUGGGAAGAGCGCCAAUCACGUGCUGGUGAACGAGUACAAGCCCGAGGAGGGCAUCAUGCCUCACGAGGACGGCCCUCUGUAUCACCCCACUGUAACGACCAUCACUCUGGGAUCUCACGCGCUGCUCGACUUCUACAGACCCAUCGAUGGAGCCCAGACUGAAGUGCCUCAGACGGAGGAGAGCCGCUACAUGCUGUCGUUGUUGCUGCAGCGUCGCAGUCUGCUGAUCCUGCAGGACGACAUGUAUAAGCGCUACCUUCAUGGGAUCAGCAGCGUCGCCACAGAUACGCUAACGGAGCAAGUGGCAAACCUGGCGGUGGCGGGAGGACGGGUGGGUGAGACGCUUUCCCGCGGAACCAGAGUCUCCCUCACUAUCCGUCACGUGCCCAAGGUCUGCCGUGCCAACCUGCUGCUCUCCAGGAAGUGACCACCGAGCCGGCUGAACCAGCAGGCUUCAGAUUUCUGCGACCCAGCAUCCGAAUCCUGACACCGUAAUACGACAUCAUCCCUCCACCAAUCAGUUCAAUAUCCUCCUCACUUACAGCAGUAAAAGGUCCAGUGUUAUAUUCCAGGCACAACAUUUCCAUGUUUCUUUACUUCUUUGUGUCUCUUGGCAUUGCGUUAACAUUUCUGUGGUCAAACAAUUAGCUCUGCCUCCAGGUGGAACAGAAACCGCUCACUUUUCUGAACUUUUUAAAUUCAUAAGACGACUUGCAGGGCUCACACAUUUUCAUAGCAAAGGGAAUUAGAUUCAUUUUAUCAAUUGCUCCUUUAAAAAUCUACUUUUAAAAGUCUUUCGGAAUUUUUCCUCUGCUCACUGCCCAUCAAAUAACCUCAGUCAGUCAGGAUCCUUCCUUCCUUUAUCGGUCACUGUGUUGUCGUCUACUUUCACCUGAUUGUCCAGAAUGAUAAUAGCCUUGGUGAUUAUUCACCUGAAAGAAGGGAAGUGAUGUUUUUUUUUUGACUGCAUAUAAUUGCAGUCCAUGAUUUCUGAGAAUGAUUAUGUUGUUGGUGUUAUUUUUUUACAUGCACUUAUUAAAGUGAUGAUGAUGAAAUGAA